AUGAAGGCAAGCACUGACACAAGCACCAUGAAGGCAAGCACUGACACAAGCACCAUGAAGGCAAGCACUGACACAAGCACCAGGAAGGCAAGCACUAACACAAGCACCAUGAAGGCAAGCACUAACACAAGCACCAUGAAGGCAAGCACUAACACAAGCACCAUGAAGGCAAGCACUGACACAAGCACCAUGAAGGCAAGCACUGACACAAGCACCAUGAAGGCAAGCACUAACACAAGCACCAUGAAGGCAAGCACUAACACAAGCACCAUGAAAGCAAGCACUGACACAAGCACCAUGAAGGCAAGCACUAACACAAGCACCAUGAAGGCAAGCACUAACACAAGCACCAUGAAGGCAAGCACUAACACUUACACAAGCACCAUGAAGGCAAGCACUGACACAAGCACCAUGAAGGCAAGCACUAACGCAAGCACCAUGAAGGCAAGCACUAACACAAGCACCAUGAAGGCAAGCACUGACACAAGCACCAGGAAGGCAAGCACUAACACAAGCACCAUGAAGGCAAGCACUAACACAAGCACCAUGAAGGCAAGCACUAACACAAGCACCAUGAAGGCAAGCACUAACACAAGCACCAUGAAGGCAAGCACUAACACAAGCACCAUGAAGGCAAGCACUAACACAAGCACCAUGAAGGCAAGCACUAACACAAGCACCAUGAAGGCAAGCACUAACACUUACACAAGCACCAUGAAGGCAAGCACUGACACAAGCACCAUGAAGGCAAGCACUGACACAAGCACCAUGAAGGCAAGCACUGACACAAGCACCAGGAAGGCAAGCACUAACACAAGCACCAUGAAGGCAAGCACUGACACAAGCACCAUGAAGGCAAGCACUAACACAAGCACCAUGAAGGCAAGCACUAACACAAGCACCAUGAAGGCAAGCACUAACACAAGCACCAUAAAGGCAAGCACUAACACAAGCACCAUGAAGGCAAGCACUAACACAAGCACCAUGAAGGCAAGCACUGACACAAGCACCAUGAAGGCAAGCACUGACACAAGCACCAUGAAGGCAAGCACUGACACAAGCACCAUGAAGGCAAGCACUAACACAAGCACCAUGAAGGCAAGCACUAACACAAGCACCAUGAAGGCAAGCACUAACACAAGCACCAUGAAGGCAAGCACUAACACAAGCACCAUGAAGGCAAGCACUAACACAAGCACCAUGAAGGCAAGCACUAACACAAGCACCAUGAAGGCAAGCACUAACACAAGCACCAUGAAGGCAAGCACUAACACAAGCACCAUGAAGGCAAGCACUAACACAAGCACCAUGAAGGCAAGCACUAACACAAGCACCAUGAAGGCAAGCACUAACACAAGCACCAUGAAGGCAAGCACUAACACAAGCACCAUGAAGGCAAGCACUAACACAAGCACCAUGAAGGCAAGCACUAACACAAGCACCAUGAAGGCAAGCACUGACCCAAGCACCAUGAAGGCAAGCACUAACACAAGCACCAUGAAGGCAAGCACUAACACAAGCACCAUGAAGGCAAGCACUAACACAAGCACCAUGAAGGCAAGCACUAACACAAGCACCAUGAAGGCAAGCACUAACACAAGCACCAUGAAGGCAAGCACUGACACAAGCACCAUGAAGGCAAGCACUAACACAAGCACCAUGAAGGCAAGCACUGACACAAGCACCAUGAAGGCAAGCACUGACACAAGCACCAUGAAGGCAAGCACUAACACAAGCACCAUGAAGGCAAGCACUGACACAAGCACCAUGAAGGCAAGCACUAACACAAGCACCAUGAAGGCAAGCACUGACACAAGCACCAUGAAGGCAAGCACUGACACAAGCACCAUGAAGGCAAGCACUAACACAAGCACCAUGAAGGCAAGCACUAACACAAGCACCAUGAAGGCAAGCACUGACACAAGCACCAUGAAGGCAAGCACUAACGCAAGCACCAUGAAGGCAAGCACUAACGCAAGCACCAUGAAGGCAAGCACUGACACAAGCACCAGGAAGGCAAGCACUAACACAAGCACCAUGAAGGCAAGCACUAACACAAGCACCAUGAAGGCAAGCACUAACACAAGCACCAUGAAGAUAAGCACUGACCCAAGCACCAUGAAGGCAAGCACUAACACAAGCACCAUGAAGGCAAGCACUAACACAAGCACCAUGAAGGCAAGCACUGACACAAGCACCAUGAAGGCAAGCACUGACACAAGCACCAUGAAGGCAAGCACUAACACAAGCACCAUGAAGGCAAGCACUAACACAAGCACCAUGAAAGCAAGCACUGACACAAGCACCAUGAAGGCAAGCACUAACACAAGCACCAUGAAGGCAAGCACUAACACAAGCACCAACACAAGCACCAUGAAGGCAAGCACUAACACUUACACAAAGCACCAUGAAGGCAAGCACUGA